GAGGAGCGGCCCCCUUCCAGGGCUUCCCUCACUACCUUAGGCCUCGCCCACAGGCCCCUUCCUCCUCUGGGCUUCCCCAGGAGCGCGAAGGAGGCGUGGCCAGGGCGGAGGAGGUGUUUUGACACCUCUCGCCCCCUCUCCUCGAUGCUGUGCAGUCCGAGGAGCUGCGGUUCUGCGCCACACAGGGCCGGGGCCUCGCCCAACAACCCCCGGAAUCCAUGGCACUGAGCCACCUCCGAGUUGCCACCGCUUUGCAGCAUUUCAACAGGGAGGAGCAUCAGAUCCUGCACUGAGAGGCCGUGAUGGAGGGACAAGAGGUACCUUUUGAAGAACUGCUGGAAAAAGCAAAAGCUGGGGAAAUUCAGGCACAGACAGAGGUGGGAAAAUGCUACUUGAGAUUAGCAGAAGACCAAGAUGAGGAGCUUAACAGUUGUACUGGAGUUGAAUGGUUGAUGCUUGCUGCCAAGCAAGGGGAAACAGAAGCUGUUAAUCAGUUGCAGAAAUGUUUAGCAGAAAGAAAAGGCAUCACUUUGGAGAAUGAGGAGGAAGUGAAGAGAAUAUCAUCAGAGACUGACUUGGAAAGAGCUGUAAGGAAAGCUGCCUUAGUCAUGUAUUGGAAAUUAAAUCCAAAAAAGAAAAAACAACUCGCUGUUUCGGAGCUAUUAGAAAAUGUUGGCCAUGUUGAUGACGAAGACAUCGAGAAGCCGCCUGGCCCAAUUCCAAAGUGUGUUCAGAAGCAACGAAGAAUGCUGGAGCGACUGGUGAGCAGUGAAUCUAAGAAAUUCAUUGCCUUGGAUGAUUUUGUUGAAAUUACCAAAAAGUAUGCAAAGGGCAUCAUCCCAAGUAACUUCUUUGUACAAGAUGACGACGAUGACGAAUUGGCAGGAAAGACUCCAGAGGAGCUCCCACUUCGACACCGGGUUAUAAAAUAUCCACUCCAUGCUAUUAUGGAGGUCAAAGAGCACCUAAUAGAUGCUGCAUCUAAAGCAGGAAUGCACUGGCUAUCCACCAUUGUUCCAACACAUCACAUCAACGCACUCAUAUUCUUCUUCAUCAUCAGCAACCUGACAAUCGACUUCUUUGCCUUUUUUAUCCCAUUAGUGAUCUUCUAUCUCUCCUUCAUUUCCAUGGUGAUUUGCACCCUCAAAAUAUUCCAAGAUAGUAAAGCGUGGGAAAACUUCCGUACCCUCACCGACCUACUCCUCCGCUUCGAACCUGAUCUGGACAUCAAAGAAGCAGAAGUGAAUUUUGGUUGGAACCAUUUAGAGCCAUACCUUCACUUCCUGAUCUCUGUAUUCUUUGUCAUUUUUUCCUUCCCUAUAACUUGCAAGCACUGGAUACCAUGCUCAGAAUUGGCUACGGUCUCUGUUUUCUUUAUGGUGACUAGUUAUUUGAGUUUGGGCACAACUGCUGAACCAUACACGCGAAGAGCUUUGUUGACAGAGGCUGCUGCAGGUUUCUUCUCCCUGUUGAAGGUUGUUCCUUUUAAUCUAGGACAGCUGGAUCUGUUAUGGAAAACAUUUUAUAGUCUCCCGAUUGGCCACUUCUUUGUGCUGAACCUGAGCGUCCCUUGCCUUUUGUUUUUGUAUUUGUUCUAUCUUUUCUUUAGGAUGGCACAACUGCAGAAUUUUAAAGGUACAUACUGCUACCUGGUGCCUUACUUAGUAUGUUUCAUGUGGUGCGAACUCUCUGUGGUUAUUUUACAAGAAUCAUCUGGCAUUGGCCUAAUUCGUGCCUCAGUUGGUUACUUCUUGUUCCUGUUUGCCCUUCCCGUUCUAAUAGUAGGUAUUACAGUCAUCUGUCUCAUUCACUUCGUAAAAUGGUUCAUAAUGCAAGACCUCCUGAAGAUUGUGGUCACUCUUAUGCUAGUUGCUAUUCCUUUGCUUUUCCAUUGGUGGACAAGGGCCAGGGUUUCUGUCGUUGAACUUGUGAAAUCCCUAACCAAGAGUUCAAUAGUUAAACUUAUUCUGGUAUGGUUGACGGCCAUAAUGCUGUUCUGUUGGUUUUAUGUGUACCGCUCAGAGGGGAUGAAAGUGUACAACUCCACCUUGACAUGGAAUCAGUAUGGGUUUGUGUGUGGGCCUCGAGCUUGGAAAUCUACUAAUAUGGCACGCACUCAGAUUUUAUGUAGUCAUCUGGAGGGCCAUAGAGUGACAUGGACUGGAAGGUUCAAAUACGUGAGAGUAACUGACAUUGAUAAUAGUGCCGAAUCAGCGAUAAACAUGCUUCCAUUGUUUAUUGGUGAUUGGCUGAGGUGUUUGUAUGGUGAAACCUAUCCACCAUGUGACCCCAAAAACAUUACCUUAGAAGAGGAGGAACUCUGCCAACUAAAGUAUCUGACGAAAUAUGACUGCCACAUGAAAAGGUUCGACCGCUAUAAAUUUGAAAUAACAGUCGGUAUGCCUUAUAAUGGUGUGAAUGGAAGUAAGCCUGUAGAGGAGGAGGAUGUAAAGAAAGACAUAGUGUUGAAAGCCAGCAAUGAGUUUAAGAAAGUCUUGCUGAACCUGAGACAAGGAAGCCUGAUUGAAUUUAGUACAAUUCUGGAAGGCCGCCUUGGCAGCAAAUGGCCUGUAUUUGAACUGAAAGCCAUCUCAUGCUUAAAUUGCAUGUCUAAACUUUCCCCUGCAGGGAGACAUGUGAAAGUAGAGCAUGACUGGCGAAGCACGGUUCAAACUGCUCUCAGGUUUGUGUUUAAUUUUUUCUUUUCCCCUUUUUUGUCAGUUGCCUCCUGAGCUUGACUUGAACUUGCACUAUUAUAACCAAAGAUAUGGCUGAAACACAACCGCACAGCAGUGUUUCAAAAGAACGUCUCUCGUUCUGAAUAUUGCACCUGGGGCACACGCACUCUUAGUAAUUCUGCUGCAAAAAUAUGUUUUAAAAGUAGACCUCGUAUGCAUAUUACAGGCACAGAGUUAAAUGAAAGUUAAUGAAACACUACUCCAAAUAAUUCACCCUUGUGCUCUUAUAAUCCUACACUAAUAUGCAUAAUGUAAAGCUGACCUUGUGUGUGACAAUUUGUUAAUACCAGUUUCCCAUCGUGAUCAACUGUGAAUCGCACAUAUGGUAAUUCCUGCGCAGGAAUUACCAUAUGUGCGAAUUCACAGGUAACCACUCGGG